AUGCAAGCCAAUGAAAAUUUCGGUUUAAACAAACGAAUACAAGAUUUUAUAAAGCAAUUAUUAAUUGUACUACUAUCCGAUAAAUCAUCUAUGGACAAUCGAACGAUGAAAACAUUACGAAGUACUAUUAUGGAUUUCGUGUUUCUAGAUUUGACGAAAAAAAAACGUCAACUUGGCAUAACAAAUGAUUUACAACAGCAAUUUGAAUCCAAAUUAUCUGAAUUCCCACAAAACUUUCAAGACCUAUGGAUGGUAAUCGAUAUUAUGGAUGCACUAAUGGAUGAAACCAAGAAAACGCCCUACCCUGAAUUAUUGUUGAUACAAUCGUUCGAUAUUUUAGAUGAUGAUCUUAAGUUUUGUCCAGAUGAUAUCGUAAAUUUAAACUCGUAUUUUGAUGAUACAUCCGAUCUACAAUUGAUUAGUCUAAUGAACAACGAUGCACUCAUCGAACAUUCUUUCAGUGAAUUUCUGCAUAGUCUAGCAAUUGCGUAUAUGCCAAAUUCAGUAUAUUCGGAACUCUAUCCAGCCUUAUCUCACAUUUCACCAUAUUACGUACAGAAUCGUGCGAAACUCUUUUAUCUACUAGAGAUUUUUGUCGAAAAAAUUUUACCGUUACUCGAUUUAAGUUUAGCUCCGAAAAAAAGUAUUGUUACAGAUAAAAUUCGAUUGGCGAAAAAUUAUUUAUCCAAUAGAAAAAGAAUGGCUUGGCUUGAAUACUCGUUAUUGAAAACAAAAACCAAUCACUAUAAUAGUUUCCCUACAGUUCAGUUUGAUUUUGUACUAGCCAGUUCUAUUGAUGACGAUGGUCGGCAUAGUAUGUUCCAUCAGGGUUAUGAACAACUACAUACAAAUGCUCAUCUGCUAUUUCGAAGUAAAAAUGAACGACUGUGGCGCGCACAAUACGUUGGCAUGCAUAGUAACGAUCAAGGUGGACCCUAUCGUGACUCCAUCACUAGUAUGUGCGCAGAUAUAUGUAGUACACGAUUGCCAUUAUUUAUUUUAUGUCCAAAUGGUCGAACCGGUAGUGGUUUGAAUGGUGAUCGAUGGAUUCCAAAUGUAUUUCCACCGAAUCAAUCGAUUCCAGCGGCAAUCAAAAAACAAUAUCGAUUUAUUGGACAAUUGAUGGGUAUGGCAAUACGACGAAAACAUUAUCUAGAUUUGAAAUUCCCGCAUUUAUUAUGGAAACAAUUAGUGGAUGAGCCCAUCACUGUGAAUGAUAUUGAAGCCAUUGAUAUACAAAGUUUUGCCAUUAUUAAAGAAAUGGAAAAAAAUAUAGAGAAAAAUCAAUUCAUCGAUGUUGGCAGUGAUACGAAUUAUUUAUUUAGCAGUGUUAUGAGUGAAUUUCGCUUUGAUAUUGUUGGCUCAUCUGGACACACAUAUGAACUGAUUCCUGGCGGUAAAGAUAUCUCAAUAACAGCAGAUAAUUUCAAAGAAUAUUGUAUGCGCUAUCGUGAUUAUCGUCUGACUGAAUUUCGUCGACAAAUUGAAUAUAUUCGUCAAGGAUUGUGCAGUGUUGUACCCAAUGAUUUUAUGACUUUACUUACGAGUAGUGAAUUGGAAGAAGUUGUCUGUGGAAAAGGUCAAAUUGACAUUGAACUAUUGAAACGGAAUACUAAAUGUAAUUAUUCCAAUUCAGAAGCGCAAUAUGUUCAACGAUUCUGGAAAGUUUUAAGUGAAAUGUUCAAUGAAGAACAGAAGAAAUUAUUCUUGAAAUUCGUUUGGGGACGAAAUACAUUGCCAAGCCGAGAUGAAUAUUUUACAGAAAACUUUUCGAUCAACUUAUUGAUGAGAGAUGAAUGUGAGGCCGAUAAAAUGCUUCCACGAUCACAUACAUGUUCAUUUGUUCUUCACUUACCAUCAUAUUCAACAGUUGAAGUCAUGUACGAACGGUUGAAUUAUGCGAUUACUCAUUGUUCAAGUAUUGACACUGAUGGUUAA